AUGGAUGAGACAACAAAAUCAAAUUUGAAAGCAAUUCCACUUUGCCGAACAAAAGCUAGUCCAAGAGAUGGUGAUUUGUGGAUUGAGCGACUGAAAGUGAGUUUAAUUUUAAUUUCUGAUAUAAAAUACAUUUGUUUUGACAGGAAGAAUAUGAAUCAAUUAUCAAAGCAGUUCAAAAUAACAAGGAUAAUGAUAGAGAUUGGUUUAGACUAGAAUCGAAUAAUGAUGGAACAAAGUGGUUCGGUAAAUGUUGGUAUUUCCAUGACAUGGUCAAGUUAGUUUUAAUCUUUGUCAGUUAAUAUUGUUUAGUUGAAUUCAAAUUUUUUAGAUAUGAGUUUGAUGUUGAAUUUGAUAUUCCAAUCACAUAUCCAGUAACAGCACCUGAAAUUGCUUUACCUGAACUCGAUGGAAAAACAGCAAAAAUGUAUCGUGGUGGAAAAAUCUGUCUCUCGGAACAUUUCAAACCACUUUGGGCGAGAAACGCUCCAAAAUUCGGAAUUGCACAUGCAUUUGCACUUGGAUUAGGACCUUGGUUGGCUGUUGAAAUUCCGGAUCUUGUAGAAAAACAAAUCAUAUCGCCAAAAGCCUAA